AUGAGCGUUGGCAGGGACAUCAUAUCCAAGUGUGGACAGUUUGCCUUCUUAGAGCGGCUUGUGCGAACAUACUUCAGGAUCAAUCAAGGAUCAGCAAUGAUCGGUCCCUUGAUCACUAAUGCAUUGCCUCAUAUGCGCAGAGACAUUGAAUACAUCAACUCCAACUCCGAUAAUCCAUAUCCCUUACUAGCCGAGAUCACGAAGAACAGUACUCAGCCCCUCAAGGUCCCGCCGACCAUGCUCCCAUCCGAGUUUCACACGCUCUUCACAGGUCCGAACUUGCGGUGGGAAGCGAUAGGCCUCAUGAUGGCGCUGGCGGCUUCCUGUGCACAGUUCUCUCCACCAGAUGAUCCCUUGUUCACUCUUGAGAACGGAGAUAGGGUCAACAAGGACGACUUCAUCUUGGACAUGAUCCACGCCACCAACGACUGCAUCACCCUUUGUCAAGUCCAUGGUGCCGUGAAUGACAUCAUGGUCUGGCUAAUGUACAACAAUAUGCUCGUACAAAGUAAUUGGUACGGCGACAACUAUCACGGUGUAUGGCGUCGAACUGGCGAUGUUAUUUCGGCACUCCAUGCAGAAGGAAUCCAUUGCGAGAAUGCAGUCGUGAAUCCAUGCGAUGAGCCUCUGUUCCUUCGCGAGUCGCGCAGGCGAAUCUACGCUGCAGUGUAUCGAACCGACAAGAGCUUGGCUGACUUCUUCGGGCGUCCACCGAUGAUGCACCAGCGGUAUAGUGACCGACCGCUACCUCUGGAUCUUGACGACGAGGUCGUUACUUCCGACGACCAUGCGAUUGUAAAUGAAGUUAUAUCAAAACUCGAUGUCGACGGGUGGGCUCUUGAUGGUCAGAUUAGGCCAGCCUCGUGGAUACGAUUACGUGCUGCACUUGGUCGUGUCAAGGAGCGCUUCCUCGAAGCGUCGCUCACAGGAAAGAAAGAUGUCUUCAUGAUUGAAGAGAUAGAAGCAAUACGCGAGCAACAUCGAACGAACUGGGAGACUUCGCCCGCCCAUCUCAGAUACGACCUUUACGACAAUGAAGCUGUUUGGAGAAAUCUCAAACCAAGGGCGGCCUUGCGAAUGAUAGGAGCAUACCUCGACCACCUACAUGCAGGCUUCCAGAUUCAACGUCUUCUUCGCCGUCACACCCAAAACGCUCUUCCCGCCCUCCUUGAAAUCGCGAUGAACCUUCUCUCUACCGCUCUCAUUUUCAACAAAAAUCGAAACCACGAAUACAACGUGCAGCGACACUUUGCUACUUUGGUGUUGUUCUACUGUUUGCCAAGUGCAGGUGUUCUGGCUCUAGAACUCCGCCGCUGCACACUGGAAAAUUUACCGCUGCCAAACACAGUGUCGCGUGCUGACAUCAUUCGGAACUUAUCCGUCCUCAUAUCAUGUGUGGAGUGGGCAAUCGUACCGGACGACGGCAAUCAUCGCCUGUGCAGCGAGCUCAACAAGAUGAUUGCUCUUGUCUUGGACGAAGUGCUCAACUACCAACCUCCCUCGAACGAGGGUCAAACCGAUGGAGCUUCGGCAGUGCUCGCCGGGGUCGGAGCUGGUUUCUUCGACCUCCCAAUGAUAGAUGGCAUGGAGCCUAUUCCAACCGAAAGCGAGGACUUCUUGAACUGGCUGGAUAAUGCGAAUUGGAAUAAUACGGUGGGUCCAGGCCGGUUUUGA